AUGUCGAAGCAGUUGGUGGAUAAGAUGUAUGAGAAGCGGAAGGCUGCGGCGCUGGAGUUGCAGAAGCAGAUUCGGGAGUACCACCAGCAAGGAGACCAGCGGCGCAUCAGCCAGAUUGUGGACCAACUCGUGGAGAUGUUCAGCAACCCCUCCAACCCUCUGCAUGUACGCAACGGAGGACUGAUUGGGUUGGCUGGAACUGCCAUCGCGCUGGGAGCCGAUAUCGCGCCACACAUGGAGAAGUUCGUCGAGCCUCUGCUCGUUUGUUUCUCGGACCCGGAGAACAGAGUGCGCUACUUCUCGGCGGAAUGUCUCUACAACAUCGCGAAGGUGUCCAAGGGUGAAAUUCUCGUGUACUUCAACCCCAUAUUUGACGCUCUCAGCAAACUUGCCGCAGAUUCGGAGCUGUCUGUCAAGAACGGCGCGGAACUGCUUGACCGUUUGUUGAAGGACAUCGUUGCGGAGACGGCCUCAGUGUACAUCCCACAGUAUCCGGAGACGGAAGCUGUCAGACGCAAAGCUGACGAAAGCAAUGGGAUCCUCGUCCCACAUCCGGACGACAUCGCCAAUGGUGCCGAUAUCACGGGAGCUCGCAAAGCUUUCUCUCUGGCGCACUUCAUCCCCUUGCUGUCCGACCGAAUUUACGUCCUGAGUCCAUUCACACGCAGUUACCUUGUGUCUUGGAUUACCGUCCUCGACUCGGUCCCGGAGCUCGAGUUGAUAUCAUACCUCCCAGAGUUCCUCGAUGGACUGUUGAAGUACUUGUCCGACCCGACCGACGAUGUACGAGUGGCUACAGAGGGUCUUCUGGCCGACUUCCUCCGUGAAAUCAAGGAUGUAACUCAGGUGCAGAAGCGACAUCAGGAGAUCCUCAGGUCAAAGCAGGCCGCCGCCGCCGCCGCAUCUGCAGCCGCCAGCGAAACUGCACGUAGACUUGAAUUCGAGGAAGACAAACUCCCGGACAUAACUAUGGACCAUCCGGAGCGGGCUACUUUCAUACCUGAGAACGACGAGGUGUUCGACAACGACCUAGAGACUCCUGACGAAAAACAUGACGCCGAGCUUCGGGAAACGGGAGCGUGGGCACCGGGCCAAGGCGUCAGAAUCGAUUACGCAGCUAUCGUCGAGAUCUUACUUCGACAAUUGGACGAUGAACAUGACGAGAUUCAGCAGUCGACCUCCUUGCGGUGGCUCUCCGAGUUCUUAAACAUCACUCAAGAAGUCAUGAUACCCUUCACCCCUCGACUUCUCCUCGCGAUACUUCCCAACCUCGCCCAUGACGUUCCAAUGAUUCAAUCCGCAGCUAUGCGAGCGAAUCAAGCUCUUAUGGACGUUAUCCAGUCGCUUCCCUCGCCACCCGAUCUUCCACCUGGCCGUCAGAGCACCGACAAGUCCUCCAAUACCACACCUUCUUCUCCACCACCCUCAUUGCCUCCCAUCAAGCAACCGACGAUGGGGAAGGAACAGACCUCACCGGCAGAACCGGCAGAACCUGGUCCCCAGCAAGUCACUCCAACACCAUUCCCGACAUCCCAGCAGAUGAAGCGGCCUAGCACUGCUCCCGGAGAUACUCCUCCACGUACUACUCCCGAUAGCGCUCAAAUUAUGCACAGUCGACCUGCUUCGCCCGUUUCUGCGCGAAGCGUUCAGCCCGUGCACCAGUCACCUGAAUCUUCUAUGCUGCAAGAGAAGGAACAGAUCGAUUACCAAGCAACUGUAAACGCCCUCACGAUUCAGUUCUUGAGUGAACAUGAAGAGACUCGAGUUGCUGCUUUGAAGUGGCUCAUCAUGUUGCAUCAGAAGGCGCCGAAGAAGAUUCUGGCACUGGAUGAUGGGACGUUCCCUGCUUUGCUGAAGACGCUGUCGGAUUCUUCUGAAGAGGUCAUCAAACAGGAUCUGCAGCUCUUGGCUCAGAUCUCGUCGAGCUCCGAGGAGGGAUACUUUAAGUCUUUCAUGAACAACCUGUUGGAGCUAUUCAGCACCGACCGAGGGCUCUUGGAUUCGCGGGGAAGCCUCAUCAUUCGUCAGCUUUGUUUGAACCUCAACACCGAGCGAAUCUACAAGACGUUUGCCGAGAUUUUGGAGAAAGAGGAGGAUCUGGAGUUCGCCAGCGUCAUGGUGCAGAAGCUGAACAUGAUCCUUAUCACCUCGCCAGAACUGGCAGAUUUCCGGAGACGAUUGAAGAGCUUGGAGACUCGGCAAGAUGGCCAAGCACUGUUCACGACUUUGUACCGCUCUUGGUGUCAUUCUGCAGUGGCAGUCUUCUCGCUUUGUCUUCUCGCUCAAGCGUAUGAGCAUGCAUCGAAUCUCUUGUAUAUCUUCGCCGAUUUGGAGGUUACUGUGCAGCUGCUCGUGCAAGUCGACAAGCUAGUGCAGCUCAUCGAAUCUCCGGUGUUCACAUAUCUACGACUUCAGCUGCUGGAGCCGGAGAAAUAUCCCUUCCUCUUAAAGUGUCUCUACGGGCUCUUGAUGGUUCUCCCGCAGAGCUCAGCCUUUUUAUCCCUUCGCAAUCGGCUGAAUGCCGUAAACACAGCAAGUUUCCCGCAAAUCACCCCGAAGUCCACCGUCGGAAAUCUGUCUUCGACACGCUCAAAGCUUGGGCGUGAGGAUAUCAAGUGGCAAGAGCUCCUUCAACAUUUCCGUACAGUCCAGAUGAAGCAUGAGAAGGCGCGUCGUCAGGCUCUUGGCACCGACGUCACCUCCUUUACCUCUUACUCGUAUACGAACGGCAUCGACGGCUCAAAGCCUUCUCCGCCAACUUCCGCCGGCACCACUGCAUCACAACGACCCGGAGUGCGUCGGAAGAUGACUGGCGAGGGCCCGGUUCGUCCACCCUCUCGGUCCGGAGGCGUGCUGUCUCCGCUCAACCCCAAGUCGAGAGUAGGCGCUGCUGCUGUCUUGCCGGGCCCGCAGCCGCCUGCGAGCCCAACUACGGCGGCAAGCCAGGCGCAAGCGCAAGCGAAGGUCAAGAGAGCGCUGAGUUUGAGCAGGAAAUCAUGA